AUGGAUGUCGCAGACAUGGAUAUCGCAGACAUGGAUAUCGCAGACAUGGAUAUCGCAGACAUGGAUAUCGCAGACAUGGAUAUCGCAGACAUAGAUAUCGCAGUCAUGGAUAUCGCAGUCAUAUAUAUCGCAGUCAUGGAUAUCCCAGUCAUAUACAUAUCAGACAUAUACAUCUCAGACAUAUAUAUCUUAGCCAUAUAUACCGCAGACAUGGAUAUCUCGGCUAUAGAUAUUGCAGACAUGGAUAUCGCAGACAUAGAUAUCGCAGACAUGGAUAUCUCAGCUAUAGAUAUUGCAGACAUGGAUAUCGCAGACAUGGAUAUCGCAGACAUGGAUAUCGCAGACAUGGAUAUCGCAGACAUAGAUAUCGCAGACAUGGAUAUCUCAGCCAUAGAUAUCGCCGUCAUGGAUAUCUCAGCCAUAGAUAUCGCCGUCGUGGAUAUCUCAGCCAUAGAUAUCGCCGUCAUGGAUAUCUCAGUCAUAGAUAUUACAGACAUGGAUAUCUCAGCUAUAGAUAUUGCAGUCAUGGAUAUCACAGUCAUAGAUAUCGCAGACAUAGAUAUCUCAGCCAUAUAUAUUGCAGUCACGGAUAUCUCAGCUAUAGAUAUUGCAGUCAUGGAUACCUCAGCCAUAGAUAUCGCAGACAUGGAUACCUCAGUCAUAGAUAUCGCAGACAUGGAUAUCUCAGCCAUAGAUAUCGCCGUCAUGGAUAUCUCAGCCUUAGAUAUCACAGUCGUAUAUACUGCAGUCAUGGGUAUCACUCGGCCACAUGUGUCGUAG